AUGUUUUUUGGCAUUAAUAGCGAUUUUAUCAAAAUAGUUGCUGCACUCGCUCUGGUUGGUACAGUUUUAUAUUAUAGAAAUAGGAGGAGAAUAGACAGAGAAAAAAAGAAACCCCCCGAACCUAAGGAUAAAUUAACUGAAACUAACGAAUCAACAAUAAUUGAUACUUCAUCAAAAGAAAAAGAAGAAAUUCCAUUAAUUCAAGAUUCAUCUAACGUUGAUAUUCCUAACGAAUCUGAAGAAAAUAGUAAAUGGGUUAUUGUGGAUUUUGAUGAUGAACAAGCAUAA